ACUGCGAUGCCAAUCUGAGUUUGCUGGAUUUGAGUUGCGACGACCGGAAAAUAGAAGGAUAACAAUCGACAAAAAUCAAGCGAACAGGAGGCCAUCCAUUCGGAAUUAUAUUCUUAGUAGAAGCUAGAAGCCUUUGAAUUUGGCUAUGGCGGACGGGAAGUCUUCUACGACGGAGAGGUUUGUAAAAACUGUCCCACAUCCACCAAAGCACAGACUGACAGAGAAAGAGGUCUACGACCUCUCCGGAAAACCUAGACCAGAUGUCCUCAAACAGCACUUCUUACAGGAAGGACGGUUAGAAGAAAGCGUUGCACUUAGGAUAAUCAAUGAAGGAACAGACAUAUUACGGAAAGAAAGUACUAUGUUAACGAUAGACGCCCCUGUAACAGUAUGUGGUGAUAUCCAUGGUCAAUUCUAUGAUCUAAUGAAGCUGUUUGAAGUUGGGGGAAGUCCCCGCGAAACACGCUACCUUUUUUUAGGAGAUUACGUUGACAGAGGGUACUUUAGCAUAGAGGUAAGUCAGAUUGCUUUUUCAGGUAGAGACCAGUUCACAGUUUCCUCAUGAGCAGGUCUGUUCAUAUGACCUUGGCUUACUUUCAAUAUGAUAAGCGGAUUGCAAAGCAAGAUAUCAUGUAAGCAUGCCUCACAUAGCAGGAUGUAGAAAUUGCAUAACCAUUCGACAAGGAUAGCACCUCAGUGAACACGUUAUGAAGGAAUUUGUUGCAUUUCUACUUUGAAUGCCUUUAUAGCAUGUUGCUCUUAUUACAAUGUACUUGGCCAACCAUUCCAGUCGCCAGUGGACGCAUUAUUGCUUUCUUGUGGAUUAAAUGAAGAGCUCAAUUCAAAAAGAAUAUAUGAAUAAUCAAGACAUCAAAGUUGGUGGUAAUCUCAUUGAAUGUUAAGCCACUAUGCCUCUUGAGUACAAAUGACCUUCUUCUGAUCAUGCGCAGAAUGGAACUAUGAACUGGCUUAUUGUCCAGAUAUUGUACAAGAAAAAAAAAACAAUGAUAACCGUUUUCAGGGGGCUUCUCCAAAGACAUGGCGAGGCAAGUUUGACUGAUGUCAUAUUGAUAAACGCGCACACACCUUCACCUGCGUGUGUAUUGUGACAUCACAUUUUAUUUUACUUUAAAUACUCUGUCAAGCUGUGUUUUGCCACAACUCGUACAAUCAAAAUCAUUGAAGUCAUGAUGCAAAAUGAGGAAGAGAACGCAGCCUAAGGGAAAGAGGACUCCGCGUCAUGGGCUGCGUCGUGGGCAACAUGAAAUUUACAGCUCCUUAUUGUUGCGUCCUCGACAGAUUGUACAGCAUAUAACCCCCUCAAGUGUAGUGUUCUUUUUUUUUUUUAUCUCUGGAAGGUUAAGAUUAAAGUGCUUCAUCUAAAAUUCAUGAAGAGGGCUUCAAAUAUUUAUCAUCUCAAUAUAUUGAAAUGUAAACCAAGAGAAAUACAUGAUUUAUUCUUUCAUGUAUUUGAUCAUCCCGAUUAUGAAUUACACUUUAUUAGAUAUUCUAGGGAGUGCAAUGAAGGGACGUGGUGCUAGGUUACAAACUGACCUGAUUUAAUAAUUAGCUAGAUGACCGGCGAAAAGGCUCUUCCGUACCUGGAAACUAAUUUUCAAGAAGAUAUCUGUUACAGGAUUGAGGAGGAUCAUGAAAGGUUGAAAGUAGUUGAGAUACGUGUAGAAGGUCAGAGAUGGAGAGAGGGAUAGAGAUAGAUAGAGUGAUAGAUAAGGAAAGGGAGAAAUAGAAAGAGCAGGGAAGAGAGGAAGAGACAGAGAGGAGAGAGAGGUAGAAGAGGGGGGGGGGGGUGGCUAGAAGGAGAGGGAGACGACAUGGGGAGGGGGUGAAAGGGGAAAUAGAAAAGAGGGGUAGAGGGGAAAGUGUAGGUGGAAAGGAAGAGAGGAAGAAAAUGAGGAAAGGUGGAGGGGGAGUAGAAAAAGAAACAAGUGGAUUUGAAACGAAAAAAGUGAGCGGAUGAUGGAAAUGUAGCAAGGGAUAGCCGCCUGGAUCUCUCCUUGAAUAUGACUUCACUUUGACCUAGGGUGUAUCUUAUACUGCUGGAGCGGGAUUACGCUGGACAGAUGUGUGUGUCGAGGAUUGUUUCCAUACAUAAUACCGUGUGUAUAAUCCUGCAUAUUCUCUGUAUGUAUACAUAAAAAUUCCCUGGCAAUCAUGCUCUUGUGAAAACAUCCCAAUUCAAAUGGGUUUUCAUUGCAUCUAUGAAGAAAAUUAUCCGGGGGAUGAGGGAUGAAUAAUGUAUGAUAUUAAGACGCAGAAUGGAGUUUCAUGCUCUUGAAUUAAUGAUUGAAUGGAAAGUUUAUGGUGCACUGUAUCGAAGGCAGACGGCGCAUCCAACUGAAUUAUUCACAAGACAAAACUCCUCUCGAAAAGAGUGGCUGUGAUGUAUUGCUUGCAAUGGAGUAUCUGCUUUAGGAUCUAGUAUCACAUGAAUUAGUUGGACUAAUCUUGAAAUGGUGUAUAAAAAAGGAUCUUUGUCACAUCGGACAUUAUUUUUAGAUUAAAUUUGUUGUGCGGGACAUUCAAAGAAAAAAUAUAGAUUUUGUUUGAUUUGCUAUCAAUUACAGUGAUGAUUGAACGAAUUAAUAGUUUAGCUGUUGAAUCAUUAAAGGAAUAUAAGCAACAUUUUCCUUAAAAAAGCACAGUAUUAAAACUUUCUCGUAAACAUCCACCGACAGACCUGUGCAAGUUGAAUUGAAAAGCUGCAUGUAUUAUUUUGCUUGAGCAUCUGAAAAACGACAACCCAAUGUAUACAACUUGCUGACAUCUUUGGCCACAAAAUUAAUUGCAAAUUAUAAGCAGUUCAAAUGAGAGAAAAGUAAUUUUUGUUGAGUGGAUGGGAUUCUUAAAUGUCCACCUCAAAAAAGAAUUUGAUAACAGAAAAAUCAAACUAAAAUGCAGUUGUCACCUAGCGAUUUUUGUGAUGAUUGUUAUUAUUAAUCAUGACUCUUGCAUGACUUCAAAGAGUUAAACUUUAAAGCAAUAAUUUCUGUGUGAUAUGUCAUUGUAUCUUGAAUUAGCAGUCAUACAUAAAGGCAAAGUACACGGGGAGAGAAUAUUAAGUUGCGACAAAAUUGAUUUAGAAAGUUUGUCUUUUUCAAUUUUGAUGGAACCCUAAUCAUUUCUCCAAUAAACACCAGCAAUUUUAAGAUCUAUGAAAAAUUGAUUUGAAAAUAAUUAAUACUUUAUACUUUUUGAAAAGCUAUACAAAUAUUGAUCUCAAGAUGAACCAUGCGUUCAGGCACGGACAUGCUGGAGGAGGAGAUUAAUACUCCUUUCAUACUGCGCUUUUCCCCGGUGAAAAUUCGCUGGCGAAGUUCGCCAGUGAAGGGGAAGUGUCCAGUGUGAAAGGUACUCAGGAGAACUUCCCUGGCAAAACGGUUUCCACGGCGAACUUUGCCGAGGAAAAGACCAAUAUGAAAGCUCACCGGAGAACUUCUCCGCUUCGACGACGUCAGAGGUCAAAUUUCAUAUCCUCAAAAUCCCCUGAACUGAGAUUACGCGCACUGAACAAAGCGUAUGGCAGAUGAAUCCAUAGAGUUAAAUACCCUCGAACAUACAGUUUCUUUUUAAAUAACAAUAUUUAUUACCAAAGCGUCUUUUACAUGCUAAAAAUGCACUCAAAAUAUUAAAAUACUCUCGACUUUUUUGUUUUGCUUAAUCUUUCUAAAAUAUGUUGUAGAAUAAACUUUUUGACACCUUUUGUAAUCGAUAAGAAGUAAUGUUUACAAUUUUCUUUUCGUUUACUGUGCACGUGCCGAGCUUGUUCAGCUUGGACUAACAAGUAACAUUGUAUGCUAUAUUGCGAUAUCGGAAAAUUAAAAAAAUACUUCCUUCCGAACAAAUCGCCCGUAGACUUUCGCAGGGGAAGAAAUGUCAGUGCGAAAGACACAGUUUUCUUUUCGCCAGGGAAGUGAGGAAUGCGUGCUGGAGAAGUUCGCCGGGAGGGGGGGGGGGGGAAGGAAGAGGCCAGUAUGAAAGGGGUAUAAGAUUUAAGAUUUUCAUGUUUUUUUUUACUUUUGUCUUUUAAACAUUGAGCAUAAGCAUAUCCUCAGAGCGAAAAAUAGAGAAAGAGAAAUAGAGAG